AGUGGUGAACAAAGUAUAGGUACACUCUAUCGAUCACGCUUGUUAGCCCAGUCAAUUGUGGUCCCUUAGUGAAAAUUGUUCAGUGAUAAUGGCUUACGUGUUGAGAAAAAUUGUUGAGCUCUACAUAUAUUUCAAUGAAGAAGUCAGCGAUCCAAGGGUCUAUCCCUGGCCCAUGAUGAAGAAUCCCUUCACCACGAUCGGUGUUCUUCUACUGUACCUUCAGUUGGUGCUGAAGUGGGGACCACGCUUCAUGGAGAAGCGACAACCAUUCAAUCUUAGAUACAUUAUGAUAGCAUAUAAUGCUGCCCAAAUAGUGCUAUGCUUUAACUUACUCCUGGAUAGUCUCCGGCUGUGUUACUUCCAGGGAUAUAGUUUGCUCUGUGAGCCAGUAGAUUACUCAACAUCUGAUAGAGCUAUUGCUAUUGCUAAGGGAUUUUACACAUACUAUCUACUCAAGAAUUUGGAUCUCUUCGACACUAUCUUCUUUGUGCUGCGUAAGAAGCAAAAUCAAGUGACCUUCUUGCAUGUCUAUCACCACACGGGAAUGCAACUAUUGGCCUGGCACUCAGUCAAGUAUCUUCCGGGUGGACAUGGUGCUUUCAUGGGCAGUAUCAAUUGCCUUGUUCACAUCAUUAUGUAUUUCUACUACCUACUCACAGCGAUCAGUCCACGAUAUAAAGGCAGUGUAUGGUGGAAGAAGUAUUUGACCCAGCUCCAAAUCAUCCAAUUCUUUGCCAUCCUCGUUCACUGGCUCGUACUCAUUCCCAGCGACUGUGGCUACCCACGAUUUCCCAUAAUCAUCAUGGUGCCACAGAAUCUCUUCAUGUUCUGCCUCUUUGCUGACUUCUACUACCGCGAGUACAUUCGAAAGAAGCCCUCACCACCAGCGAAGCAGAAGCCCCUGAGGAUUGCAAAACAGUCUGACCUAAUGAAAGAAAAGGAAAUAUAAAACAUUAGAAUUUAUUCCAA